UGGCUGCCCUCGACUUCGUGAGGUAUUACUGCCUUGGUGAUGUGGACGAUGGCUUCUGGCCGAAGAUGGAGGGGUCUUAUGAACAGGCCGACGGCCCCUCACUUGGUGUCCCUGCCGAAGCCGAAGGCUUUGAGAUGGAUCGUAUGUCCUUCAUGGCCCGAGCUGCAAAGAAAGCCGACGCGGAGCUGAGGGCCGCUCAGGCCGCUGAGGAGGCAAAGAAGUCUGCCGGCGGUUCUCAGGGAGGUGGUGAGGCCGCCAAAAAGCCUGCUGUGAAGAAAAAGAGCGGAGCCGAUGAGCGCCAAAAGACUUUGGCCGAAGCAGGGCUGAAACCGAGCCAGGUCUCGAAGAAGACGAGGGGGGCUCCAACGAAUGACGAGGCCAGCGCUCCCUCUUCUCAGGCUGUCAUGGAUGUCCAGCCGACAGUGGUCCCUCCUGUGAAUGAUCCACCUUCAUCGGCCGUGGUGGCUUCGGCUUCUCGCGUGCUUCCCUCUACGGCCGCCGCUGCUCGUCUGGAGGAGGCCCUUGCCAAGGGGACGUACGAGGUCACCGUACGUUACCCCGUGAAAGGCGGGCUUUUUAAUGAGACUGUCAGUGGCGACGAUGUGCUCGCUCAGGCCAUCCCCGACUAUGACCGACAGUAUCUCCAACGCCAGGGCAGUCAUGUCCGGCUAUACGAUGGAGGACUUGACUACGUCGUCCAGGGUGCCCUGAUGCUGAGGGAGCAGCACUGGAGACAGGAGGCCGAGAUUGAGCGACUCAAGAAAGUGGAGGCUAAGGCUCUUUCAGCCGAUGAGGCCCUCCAAGAUCUGAGAGACAAGGCCCGGGCCGCAGAGGACGAGAUGAAGCUUCUCCAGGUCCGGCUCGAUGAGGCCGAGGCGGCCCAGAAAAAGGCUGAUGAGGCCGCAGCCACUGCCUUCCAGAGAGCCGAGGAGGCGGAGCGGCUUAAAGCCGAUGCUGAGAAGGCCGCUGAAAAGGCCAUAGCUGACUUCAAGGCCAAGGGGUGGAAAGUCGAUGAUCAGCUCUCCUUCUGCUACGAGGUGGUUGCUGAAAGGUUGACCGACUGGAUGACGAAGGAUCCCGCUGGCGAAGAAUUUUGGAUGAACGAGAUGCAAGCUUUCUACGACUGUGGUCAGUACAGGAUGCAGAAGCUGAUCUACAGGAAGCUUCGUCGUCGCUUCCGGAAGAUGAGGCCGAGAGGUCUGAGUCUCCCUCGGCGAAUGAAGAAUCCUGAUGAGGAUAUGAAGCUUCCCCCGUCGGAAAGGCAGCUCCCGAUCAUGAGUUCGGACGAAGGGGAAGACCCGUGGAGCGAUAGUGAUGAUUACCUGCUCGAGGGGCCCGCCAAUUUCCAGGCCGAUGAGGAUGAUGGUGGUGAUGAUGAUGCCGAUGACGGCCACGGUGAUGGUGUUGUUGAUGGCGGAAUGCCGGCUGAUGUGGUAGCUUAGUGUUUCUUCCUUUGUAUUUAGUUUUUGUAGCUAUAACACUGAAGUGCAUGUAAUGGC